GAUCAGAAAUUGAAAGUGAACGUGGGAUUUUCCAUUCUUUCUUUGUUCUCAAACUACGAAAUCCACCUUUUCGACGCAGACUUUGUUUGCAGCUGAGAUCCCUUCGGGAAAUAAAGAAAUACAAGGUAGUUUAGGGAAGCAAUAAGAAUUACCCCGCCAAAGACCCCACUACCGUGAGAAUAAAACCGAUUUCAAGCACCAUUCUAGUGCAAACUUCAUCUCAACGUCAAGUAUCUACCAGAUCGAGGGACUUCACAAAUCGGUCCACAAUAUCGACCUCGACCGACAUCGUUCUACCAGAAUCCCCGGCCUGGUUACCUUUCCAGCCUCGAUUUGACCUAAAUAUUGGUUUGCACAUCCCACAAUUACAAUCACAAAUUAGAUCCCACGAAGAAACUAAGAAGAAAUGGCACCUCUCGUUCCUUUUUGGGCUCAACCCUCUCACCCUGACAUUCAAAAAGUACUCGUCAACAAAGAACAAGAGUACACCACCAAGUCAAUUUCCCUCGUUGACCUCCCGCCCUAUGCACUCUAUGCAAAAUUCGCCUUUCCGCCAUGCACUGCAGCCGAAAAGCCGACCUAUGCUACUGUCCAGAUGGGAAAGGACAAGCAUUUAAACUUGAAUAGUGAUCUGGUGUACAUCAACCAUAGUUGCGAGCCUAGCGUUAUCUUUGACAUGGCCUCGCUCAGCGUUAUUUCUGGUCCUAACGGACUCAAAAAAGGCGAUGAGCUCACCUUCUUCUACCCAAGUACGGAAUGGGAUAUGGCUCAAGGUUUUGAUUGCUUCUGUGGAGCACAAACUUGCCGUGGGUUCAUCAGUGGAGCCAAGAACAUGGCUCAAGAGCAACUGCAAGGCAACUGGUUGAAUGCCCACAUCAGAGCUCUUUUGGACGAGAGAGAUGGCGUUGUUGUCAGCAGCAACGUUGAGAAUUUGGCACAAAAUGGCAACGCAAAUGGAGGAUUCGAGGAAAUGAAAGAUGCAACUGAGCAAGCUCUCCAAAUCGCAUUGACACAAGCUAAAAAGGUCGUUGAUGCCGCCCAGCGAGCCCUCGACGUCUAUAAGUCUCUCUAUGGACGCGAGGAAGCUACUGGUCAGAACGGAUCCGCUGCACAGGAAGUUGGAGCAGGAUAUCAAGUUGACGGAGGGAUCAAUGGUGGGAAGCGUCGUGGUGUCACUUCUAGGGAAUUGAGCGGCGAGAUGGGUGGUGAUACCAAGCAGUAGAUUUGAGUUUGGGAGGAUCUCUUUUGUUGUUUCCUUGCAUUUUGCGUUGCGACUUUUUGGGAAGAGGGAGGAUUCAACAUUCUCGGCUGCUUUGGCUGGAAAUUCGAAAAUUGGGGAGGGGUUCAACAUCCCACAUUAUGUUGAUAGAUCGCCCUUGAAUCUUGGGUAUGAAAUUGAA